AUGAGGACGACAGGUGAGAUUCCACCCUGGAGACUGGAACAACCUGUUUUCAUGUUUCGUAACAGGGGAGGGGCUUAAGUCACAAAUAUACCUUUAGAUCAGUAAAGAGGUCUGGACUUGUUUGAUAUAUCGUCAGUGUAAAGCUGCAGAUAGUUGUUGUCUCAUUCUGUGUACUGUAUAAUGUUAAGACAGAUAAAUGUUUGUUUUUUUAUUCUGCUUUUUAAAAUUGCUUGGAGGCAUUGCUUGACAUACCAUCAAGACUUUCUCGGUAGUGAAAAAGUGACAGUUUGAUAGCAUUUGUGUUGUGGUAUGUAAAAUGGAUCUCCUUUCUUCGGGACUGUUGUUUUAUUUUUAGAAACAGAUAUGACUCCAGCGUGGCGCAAUUAAGGAUAAACUUCAAGCCUUUUUAAAGGUUUGACAUGAUUUAAUGACACUAUGAUCCACUUCCUAGCCUGCAUUUUCACAUUGCUCCAGAUAUGUCUGACGCCAUCCCUAGCAAUUCUUGCUCCUCCAAAGAACCUGACUGUGGGAUUAUUGGAUUUUAAGGCUACAGUGGAAUGGCUCCCUGGGAAAGGAAAUCCUCCUGACAGCAGAUAUAUCUUGGAGUUUAUAACGGCACAAAAAAUCUCUGGAGGAAAGUGGAAUCGCUCUCCACACUGCACUAACAUAAAAAUACUGAAAUGUGAACUGACCUUCAAUAUGCAUCCUGAGCUUCACUGGAAUUAUUUUGUGAGGGUCAAGACAACAUUUAAAAAGACGAGCUCCAACUGGACAACUACAUCAAAUUCUUUCCAGCCAUAUGGAGACACACACCUGAGUUCUCCAGAUGUAAAAAUCUCAACUGAACAAAAGUCCAUUAAAAUUGAUUUUAGUCAUUGGCUGGAAUUAAAACCAGAGAUUAAACCACUGGAAUACCUGCUAUACCUUUUUGAGAACAGUCCUGCAGGGGAAUCAAAGUUUAUAGCACUGAUAUCAACCUCGGAAUCACCCUACAUUUUCCAUGAUGUGCCAUCUGGCAAGAACUACUGUGUCAGUGUUUCUGCCAGUCAUCUACAAGUCUUGAACUUCAACACCACCAAAUGUAUAUUACUAUUAGAUUCUACUACAAGCUUUAUGCUAAUGGUGUGCAUUGUGGCCAUACUGAUUCUUUUUACAACUGGGAUGUUUUUGUCUUUUGGUUGUUUUUACUACAUGAGGCAUAAAAACAAGAAACUCCACAUUCCACAACCUUUGAUUAUUUUUCCAGAAUAUAAAUGGCUCCUAAAACUAAUCCCUGAGGAAUACCAGCCAAUUACAGUGACCUCGCCAAAAACAGUAACAAACCAUUUUUCUUCAGAGGAAGAGGAAGAGGAAGACUCCAAGGAUGGCUCUCUGUUCUAUCAACCAACAUGCAUCGCCAAUGUUAUCCCACCAGAGCAAGCAGUGGAGGCUGAUACAUCAAAUCAGUGUUAUAAGUACACACUAACUAAUGAUACGGAGGAAAGUGAAAAAAAUGAAAAUGUAAUAUCUGAAAAGAAUGAGGAAAAUAUGCAUCCAGGUAGUGAAUCUGAAUCUAGAUCUUCCUGUGCUUGUACUUUAAACCAUUUGAGAUCAUCCAAAAUACUUCAAACUGUUAUAAUGAACACGUUUGUAAACUUAGAGACGAUUAGAUGUUAUGCAGAAGGAACUCUUUCCUGUUCUUCUGGCAAUGGCUGUGAAAGAGAUGCACCUGCUGAGGAGGAGGAGGAGGAGGAGGAGGAGGAGGAGGAUGGCUUCUUCUUACCUGAUUUCUCCUCAGACAGUGGCUAUGAACCAAGAUAAAAGUAUUUAUGAGCUUCCAAAUCUCUACUAUCUAAACUAUGAAGGAUCUUAAACAGGAUCUACAUAUCCUGAACCUACUUCGAAAGGUGGAGUCUGCAACCAAAUUAAAGCAAAAAGUAUCCACCUUUCACCUGAGCCAUGCAAAACUGUGUUAAAGUUGGAGAUGCAGAAGAUUAGAACAUCCAUAACAUCAAGGAAUAACACUUGAGAAGAUGCCGGUAUAGAAACCUAAUCUGGGUCUGUUAUACCUGGAGAGAACUAUCUGUAAACAUUCCCAUUCAUCUUAAUAGCACUUAUAGUUUUCUCCUGCAUCAGGAACUCUUGGAUCUUCCAGAUAUCGUGCUCUAUACACGAAAAUCUGACUCUAAAACUGAAUUCUGUAUGGUAGACUAGAAGGAACUUUGGACCUAAACAUUGCUGGUUAAUGGUCAUCUUGUUGCUGAUUGCCCAGUUGAAGUACUAUAAGCAGGUCAUGUUGAACACAUUUUGAACUAUGGAAAGUGCGCCUACUUCAGGAAUAAGUUUGAGCUGCACAUUCUGUCACAUGACUGAUCACUUAGGAGAGG